AUGUAUGAUCCCUCUCACCCCCUCCAUGCUGAGCUGAGGCAGCUCGGGAGCCACAGACUCACCUCCCAAUACAUACCAGCACCUCUCAAUACCUCCCACUACCUCCCAGAACCUCUCAAUACCUCCCAGAACCUCCCAGUACCUCCCAAUAACGCCCAAUACACCCCAAUACCUCCCAGCACCUCCCAACAACCCCCAAUACCUCCCAGCACCUCUCAAUACAUACCAGCACCUCUCAAUACCUCCCACACCUCUCAAUACCUCUCAGCACCUCCCAAUAACCCCCAAUACCUCCCAGCACCUCCCAAUACCUCCCAGCACCUCCUAAUAACCCCCAAUACCUCCCAGUACCCCCCAGAACCUCUCAAUACCCCCCAGCACCUCUCAAUACCUCCCAAUACCCCCCAGCACCUCUCCAUACCUCCCAGUAUCUCCCAGUACCUCCCAGCUCCUGUUGCUAUGCCAACGCCUGAACACGAGACUCAUCACCUGGACAAUCAGACAGCUUCCGGUCAGCUCGCCUGUCCUCACCUGUCCUCCCCGAGACCCUCUGAGGACAGGAUGAGCUCUAAAGGAGGCGGCACGGCUCUGACGCGUCGUAACUACCGACUGUCAUCAGACACGGACAAACCCCGAUCCACAGGAAUCGUCAACGAGAAGCUGCUGAGCGACUACCUGCAUCAUGUGUUUCCCUCCACCAAGCAGGGACCAGCGCUCGCCUCACUCAGGAAGCCUCUGGGUUUCCAGGACCUCGGAGCUCACCUGGAGCGGUUGCUGUCUGAAGGAGAACCAGCUGAGGAGAGUCGAGACCAGCCGGUGGACGGCCGUCUGGGUCCUCAGCCCGUCGUCCUCGAUCACACCAGCGGCUUCGAGGGACUUCUGUUCGUAGACGACGACCUGCUGGGGGUGAUCGGUCACAGUAACUUCAGCUCCAUCAGAGCCACCACCUGCGUGUAUAAAGGGAAAUGGGCCUACGAGGUUCUGAUCUCCUCACAGGGACUCAUGCAGAUCGGCUGGUGUACACUCAACUGCCGCUUUAACCAGGAGGAGGGCGUGGGUGACACUCCUGAUUCGUACGCGUACGAUGGAAACAGAGUGAGGAAGUGGAACGUGACGACCACCAACUACGGAAAGUCGUGGGCGGCCGGAGACAUCGUCAGCUGUCUGAUCGACCUGGACGAGGGAACCAUCACCUUCUGCCUUAACGGACAGUCUCUGGGAACCGCCUUCACCAACAUCAAGAUGGGUCCAGGUGUGGCUUAUUUUCCGGCCAUCAGCCUCUCCUUCAAAGAGUCGGUGGCUUUUAACUUCGGCAGCAGACCUCUGAGAUAUCCUUUAACCUGCAGCUGA